AUGCGCGCGGCGGCGCCCUCCGCGACGGCGACGCCGCGCAUCGCGACGGCGUCGCGCCGUGACGCGACCCGCCGCGACGGUUUCCGACCGUCCCGCGCGCGGCAUCGCCGGUGGACGACGAGAAAUAAUGAUGACGUGCGUCGUCGCGCCGCGCGCGGUCAUCACGACGACCGCGACCUCGACUUUGACCCGUACGCGGACGACGGCCGCGCGGGCCCGCCGCCCUCGCGCGCCGCCGCCAGUCACGGUCGUCAUCAGUCCUCCUGGACCGCGACGGAGACGUCGCAGGACGUCAAGGGCGUGGACUACCUCGUCGAGCUCGGGAAGCAGAGCUCGAACACGAACACGGAGGUGGGCGCGAGGAAGGGCAUCAUCGACGACGUCUUCGCCGGCACCGCGAACGCGAAAUUCAACCUCGGCGCGGACAGCGACAUCGCGUCCGGACGACUGCGAUACCGCGACGUCGAGCACGUGCGAUCGUUCAAGAACCUCUUCGGGGACUUCCACGUCCCGCCGCUGUUCGUGGACAAGGUGUCGCUGCACGUGGCUAAGAAUCUGAUGGCGGAUUCCGACAACCCGGGCGCGUCCGCGAAUCCUCUCGGAGGCCUCACGAAAGUGCCGCUCAUCUUGGGCGUGUGGGGCGCGAAAGGGUGCGGCAAGACGUUUAACCUCGAGCUCGCGUGCAAAGCCUUGGACAUAACCCCGGUGGUGAUGUCCGCGGGCGAGCUCGAGGACGAGUGGGCGGGUAACCCCGGGCGUCUGAUUCGCUCGAGGUACCGCAAGGCGGCGGAGAUCAUUCGAAACCAUGGGAAGAUGUCGUGCCUCAUCAUCAACGACAUCGACGCCGGCGUGGGACGAUUUAAGCGCACGCAGGCGACGGUGAACACGCAGAUGGUCAUGGGAACGCUGAUGAACCUGUGCGACCACCCGACGCAGGUGUCGAACGAGGAGGACGACGAGAUUCACGAGUAUCGAGAGGAGGAGAGAAUCCGCCGAGUGCCCAUCAUCGUCACCGGGAACGACCUCAGCACGCUGUACGCGCCGCUCCUUCGCGACGGGCGCAUGGAGAAGUUUUACUGGCAGCCGACGCGAACGGACAUCGCGGACAUGGUGCACGCGAUGUACCGCGACGACGACGUGAGCCGGGAGACAGUGGAGCGGCUCGUCGCGAGACACGAGGGUCAGCCGCUCGAUUUCUUCGGCGCGACGCGCGCGCGGAUGUACGACCGGUGCAUCGUCGAGUGGGCGGAGAGCUUCCGGAGCGAGACCCCGGACCCGGUGACCGGGCAGCGGCACGUCACGAAAGCCAUGGGCGAGCACCUGAUGAAGAACAGGACGCGCGAGCGGCCGGACGACGAGCACGACCCGGGCGAUUUCGUGCUCUGGAAACCCGACUUUACCGUGCAGGACUGCUCCGAGGAGGCGCUCAUGCGACACGCGGACGACCUCGCGCGCGAGCAGCGGCUCGUGAACGAGAAGCGCCUGAGCGAGGACUACAUGAGAACGAUGAAGGAC